AUGGGCAAGCAAUCGCCACGAUGCAGCACCUGCAAUGCAGUGGCGCGCGUGCGUGGACCCAAGGCGCUGCGCGCGGGUGGAGUGUGCAAGCGGUGUUACGACAAGCGGGCGAAGGCCAAGGCUGCCGAAGCCAAGGCCGCCGAAGCCAAGGCCGCCGAAGCCAAGGCCACCGAAGCCAAGGCUGCAAAAGCCAAGGUUGCCGACGCCAAGGCCACCGAAGCCAUGGCCGCCGAAGCCACUGCCGUUAGCUACGCCUAUGCACACAACAGCGUGCGGCCGGUGACAUGCGCCAUCACGCUGGCCUUGGGUACCUCGAAGGCGCGAUGCGACGCGUGCGAGCAGGCCGCACACAACUACAAGCGCACGCUCAAGAAGUGGAAGGCGAGAUCGUUGAGCUCGGCCACCGCAUCGAACAUGAUGGGCGACGUGGAUCCCAUCGCUCGACGACAGGUGUGCAUCACCGAACAAGUCAAGUACGUUUUGAAUGCCCUUCAAGCCGCACCGCCCGCCCUGAACAGCCUUGAAGGCAACCGGCGCCGAAUUACGCUGCUGCAAGAGCUCAAAAUGCUCGCCAUGGAGGUCGACGUCAACAUGAUCCCCUUUGACGACGGCGGUAUUGCCCACAAAGGCAAGAUCUAUUUCGCGUGCCCCGGGCUCGUCAUGACCGACGUCGGCCUUGACGACGUGCAGCGCUUCUUGCACCUCUCCAAGUCGGACAAGGCUUUGCGCGACUCCAACAACACGGCCAUGUGCGAGUCCUGCGCCGACUUGAAGGCGUACCUCAAAGCGCUUGUGCUGUCACGCGCGGCGACGCGAGAGCAGCGGACGCAUGCCUCGAGUACGACGCAGUGGUGCAACCUCAGCCCAGGGUCCGCUGCCGAGCGUAUUAACAACGUGCGAGCGCAGGCCAUGGGCGUCGCGCUAGAUGGCGCCACAGGUUUAGGGAGCGCGAAGCGCACCUUCGACGCUACAGAAAAGCCCAAGGAGCCCAAACCAAAGCGCGUCAAGAAGCUCGAGGUUCGACGCGAGCUGGAUUUGCCGGUAGCAGCCUAG